AUGGAUACGGACAAGAAGGAUUUAAGAGCAAAGUCAUGGUUUGAAAUAGAUCGCGACAAGAAGGUGGUAUUCAAGGAGAAACUGAAGCAGCUCACGGAAUGCAACGAGAUCGUCUCCCCUGAAACAAUAAAUGCUAUCGGUCGAGUAACCGAUGAUGUUCGAGCUGCUGAUGAUAACGCACCUAGCAGCGAUGAACUCGACGAAGAUCUCGAGGAGCAGUACAAAGACCUAAAUCUGUAUCUCGGCUUGCCAAAUGACACGUAUUCCUUGACCGAAAUUAGGCCAGAGCUUCCAUCCUGCGUGAGAUAUGGUGUGCGUGCAGGCAUGACUCACAUUAACAUGCCAAAAUUUUCGCCAUUAUCCAGAGGCCAUCAGGGUGGUGCAACAGCAAUUGCGGCGUUUGCGACAACAACGGUGUACAAGUCCCGCUGCUGGAACGAGGCAGUUAUCGAUCAGAUCAUCGAGGACGGAGACACGUUUUACUGCGAAUCGUAUAAGGACAUAAAUACCGACGACCGACGAUUGCUCUCUAUUCUCGACUUGAAGAGAACGCUCUGUAUCCAGAGCAAGCUCACGGUGAACGUGAGCAUCGAGGAUGCUGCUUACGCUGGUAAAUUUCGGUCCACGGAACCGACUGAACUGCAUCUGGUGAAGGCUUUGGACCUGUUCUUCAAACGCUACAGCGCUGCCAUCUUGUCGUCGUGUGUGUUGAAUGUGGCGAUAUGGAAGGACGCGAAAUAUUACAACCUGUUCGAUGGUCAAGCCAGGAAGGAUAACUGCGAGCCGGCAGCUGACGGGAUCAGUGGAACGGCCAAGCUGUUCCUGGUCAAGGAUCUGAUAGGCCUGCUUUUCAUUAUCCUCGAGAAGAGCAACGUGAAGAACGAGCCUUUCGUCCUUUACGCGAUCGCUAUCAGCGGCGUGGAUCACUACACCCAGCCAGUGGACUCGGAAAAGCUCGAGAGGGCCGAUCACAUACCGCAAAGGCGACCAAGUGGUUAUAAAGUGCAGGAAAAGUACCGAGCAGUCGUUCAAGGAUCCUAUCACGUAACGCAUCCGGCAAUUCCAGCUCCACUUCGCAGUCGCACCUUUUUGGUCAUAGCUCUGGCUGCUCUGGUUUACUCGCGGUUGGUAAACGCCAACAAGUGGACCAGCGCAUUGAUCGAUCUAAUAUUCAACCAGUCAAAUAUAUACUUCAUCGAUCUGGUUCGCGUCCUCGAUAAGGAUCUCCACGGCGAAGAGUUCGAACUCCGACUGGACGACAUCAUGGGAGACAUUAUUCUCGGAGCUUACUCCGCGAAGGUGAAGAUUCGAACAAACAUCGUUCCCGGCUAUGGCCAGAAAAAGGGCAAACUUGGUAUCGACGAUGGUAUACGCGAAUUCUUCGAGUCUCAAGUGACCGGUCUGCUGGAGAUCAAGAAUUUCUUCUACGCCAUUUGGAGACACGACGACACGUAUUACUUCAUGGACCCUUUUGCCUGUGACGAGGAAGGGUUUAGAAGCGGCACGGCUGAAAUAGACGGCUCGUCGAAGCCUGGAGAGGCUGCUUGCGUAACUAUGAACAGCUCGAUUAACCAGGUAGUGGAGACCAUCAUGGAGAACACUGGAAGUAGAGACAGGGAUCCAUUCGUGAUCCACGGGGUUCGAGUUUUGUACGUGAAGACUGGAACGAUACCUGGUGGUCCUUUGGAGAAAGUGAUCUAUCGAGAGAAAGGUACGAAUCGCAGACCCCAGCCUCCGCCGAUGCCGACGAUAAAAGACAGCGUCACGAAGAUCGGCGAUAUGGUGGACACGAAGCCCAGGAUACGACCGGAUAUGGACAAAAUGAGAGACGUCGCGGUACAAGUACCCGACUUGAUCACAGACGCCGAGGAUUACAUGAUGGCCGAAGACGAACCGGUAACUUACGUCAUCGUGCCACCCGAGGAGAAAGAGGAACCUGUGGAAGAGUUAGACGAAGAAGAAGAACCGGAAGAAGAAGGAGAUACGGAAGUUGAAGAAUUUACGGAAGACGAAGAGGAGGAAGAGAGGCCAGAAAUAGAGGAAGAGAAAGAACCCGCGGAAGAACCGGUGGUGAGGAUGGUGAAGGGUUACAAAGUGAUAAAUCCUCAUCGUUUGGUUCUUCGAGGCUCGAAGAACUGCUUGAACGAAAGUUUCGACGAGUGGUCGAGAGGGAAGCAGGGAUUAAUAGCGGCUCUCUCAGCUUUGGCUUAUAGAAGGCUGAAGGAGCCCACCAAGUGGCGAAACAUGGACAUCGAUCAACUCAUCGACGUGAGCAACAAGAUUUUCGACGAAGUUAUAGACUGGAUCAGGAAAGGGCGACCUGUCAUAAAAGAACCGCAGGAAGUGGUCGGAGAGGAGGAAGCAGAGGAGGAAGAGGAAGAGGAAGAAGAAGAAGGAGAAGUGGAGGAGAAGCUGUUACCCAAACCGAGUCACUUGGACAUGACGAUGUUGCCUGUUAGGCUGAAAAUGGGCGACAACGACGUGUUCUUUAAGACGAAGAUGAAAAUCAUUCAGGGCGAAGCGAAUCCAUUGGCAAACCUUGCAGAGGCUCUCGAGUGUUACUUCGAUCGAUAUUCGGAAUUGGUACUCGAGAACAAGAGGCUGAUGUACGGUAUUUGGAGGGAAGGACCGAAUUACUUCGUAUUUAAUCCUUACGGCAGCGACGAAGAGGGUUGGCGUCUUCGGGACUAUCCUGCUUCGUUCGCAGUGGUGGCUAACUUGAACGAACUGACCGAUCUUCUCUACGGCAUCCUGGAAUUUAACGAUCCUUCGUUCACGAUUCACUUCGUAGAACUGGAGUCGAUACAACCUGGUCUGUACGCCGCCGAGGUACAGAUCAUAAUGCCAGAGGAUAUCGAGAUUGAGCAUUUUAAAACGAGAUUUCUGCCCAUUACGGACGAAGAUCUAGAGAAGUUGGAGGCUGAAUUAAGGGCUGCAGAGGAAGCAGCGAAAGUACCGGAUAUCGUCGACACGGAGGUUCUGGAUGAGGAAGAGGGCGAAGAAGAGGAGGAAGAAGAAGGUAAAAGAGUUGUUAAGGUGCAGGAAGAAGAGGAAAAGCCUAUAGUCGAUCCAUUGCUGGAGGUGAAGGAACAAGAUCAACCUGACGCACCCUAUCGUCUGAACCUGAUCUUACUCACGUCCAAUAUGAAAGUUUUCAACGAGAACGAAGAAACCAUUGAUCAGGUACACGAACAAAUAGCGUUGGAGAAAUUAAAGUUCAAUCAUCCUCCUCCUUACGUCAUGCCAUCCAACAAGACGCUAUUGAAGCUUCUGGAAGCGAAAAGAGCCAAAAGAUCCAUUCCAUCCUUGGUGUCGAGGUUCUCCAUAGACUCUAGAUUAGACGUGAAGAAAAAGGGCGGCUUGUCUUCGGCUAUUCUGGCCAGGUCGACGAUGAUCAUGCCGUCAGGCAUACUGGAGGAUACCAAACCCUCAAAGAUGAUCAAGCUGUCACCGAAAAGAUAUUUGUACUCCAGAAUUUUACCGAUCUGUCUGAUGCCUCUGAGAGCUAUCAAUGACAUGUACAUCCAAGACGAAGAUCUCGCCAAGGCCAUGCAGGAAGAAGAUCGACGGAGAAAGGAAGAAGAGCAGAAGAGAGCCGAAGAAUGCGUUCGAUUGGCAGUACCGGAAGAACCUGUAGGGAUUCGCAUACGACCGACGUUGAUACCGCUUGGGCCGAUCAUCAAGACGCCAACUCCCGAGAGGAGAACGGUUACCUGCAUCGAGAAGAAAAGGCGGAAGUGCCUACUCUCCAAGGCUGACGAGGGUGACGCUCUGAUGGAGAAGAUUCUCUGCAAUACAGAGGACUUAUUGCUAGAAUUGUUCUUCCCCGACUUCAAAGCGUUAGAAAAGCCCCUGGAACCGAAAAGCACGGAGUCAAAGACUAAGGAAAUUGCGGAAAUUGAAACGUCCACCAUUAGAAGGAGCACCACGGGUACCCAAAAGAAGAAGACCUUGCAAAAUUCUGUCGGCUUAAAAGUUAACGACGAUGGAAUCCGGAUACUUCGCGGUACCAUGUGCUUCGAAAACCGAGCCAGUGUCGAAGACUGCCAUUUUAAAUCCUGCUUCUUCAGUGCCUUACUGUGCAUCCUAGUGAAGAUUAGGUUAGACCCGGAUCGCUUCUCCGCGAAGAUGCUAGACAAGCUAAUAAUGCUUGGGGACAAGAUUUAUCAGCGAACAGGGAAACUGCGAUACAAGCCGUAUCGGUGGUUCCAUCGUAUCGAGAUUCUCGAUACGAUUUACAACGUGAUCACGAAGCAGGCUGUCUACGCUGAUCCGGAAAAUUGCGACGACGACGAGCUGGAGUUCGUGGUGGACAAUUUCUGCGAGAAAAAUAAAACCGGGAUCAUCGUGUUCUGCAAUUGCUCGUACGCCUUUUGGACAGCGAACGACCGAUACUAUCUGUUCGAUCCGUAUCCCUGCGACGAGAGAGGAAACGCUUCGGAAGAAGGUUAUUCCAGCUUCAUGGAGUUUUGCGACCUGAGCUCCAUGAUCGAGAAGGUCGAGGCUAAUGUCGGUGAAAAUACGAAGAAGCCGUAUCGAAUUUACACCAUAUGCAUAGCUCACAUGGAGACGAGGAGGGUGAAGAAGAAACGAAGGAAGAAGAUAGUUCGAUGCGUGGAGAAGCAAGUGGAAGAGGUCCAUGCCGAAGAGGUGGCGGAAGUAGAGCUCUCCACCGAGUCGGAGGUGUCUCUGAUCGAGAUGGCCGAUUGGGUGAAAUGGGAAUCGAAGACUAGUCUCGUUUAUGACAUGACGAUCCCUGGUUUUGCUCCUAUCGAACAUUACAACGCUUCGAUAUUCGACGUGAUUGUCUUGGAGAACGACAUCACCUCUCCGCUACUGCCACAGUUCAAGAAGUCUUCGUUGAGAGAAUCGGAAAACGUGGAUGACGAAUUCGAGGCGGUAAAGCUGUUGGUCAGAAAGAGAGUCUAUGACAGGAAGUUCAAACCUCAUACAUCUGUCACGACACCGUUGGAUCUUUGCAUCAUGGCCUGGUCUUUCAUCCACGAUCCCAUCACCUGGUCUGUUAGGACUGUAAGAGGAUUGUUCGAGACAAGUGUCGAUUACGCCUUUGACAGCAUACUGGCUACCGAGGACUCCACGGUCAGUGAUAUGACCGAUGGCCUGCUACCCGAAUUCGAGAUAGCCAACUACGUAUUCCGAGUGGUGCCCGUACCUCUGCAUUAUGGGACUCUGUACAGCACGGAAGGCUGGAACCUGUCCAUGUCCUUGCAGAAGGUGUUCGAGACACCUAGCUAUACCGGAGCUAUUAUAGUCUGCGGCGACUCUCAUAUCGGUGUUCUGAAAAAGGAUGAGAACCAUUUUGCCUGGUGGACAGUCAGAAGGACGAAAAACCUGAGAAUAGUUACCUCUACGGACAUGAAGGAGUUUUUGAAGCUGAUCGUGCAAGAAAUCGACGAGCCUGAGGAGGCGGUGUUCGCGAUGAGAGUAAUCACGGUGUCUUACGCUCAGAAAGUCGAUCCGGACUGUUGCGACACGAAAGGUCUCCACGAAUCGGUCGUGCCGAUCACUUCGUUGGCAGAAAUUCAUAGGAUGCCAGCGAAACCUUACGAUCUCGAAGCGAUCUUCAGGCCUACAGUGCCAGAGUCGAAUAAACCGAUCUUCGUGCAAGGAACGGUUGCUCUGAACGACAGAGACGUCGUGAUUGAACCUAGAGUCAGGAGAUGUUACUUCGUUGCCGUUUUGGCGGUGAUGGUGAAGAGAGAUAUCAUUCAAAGUCCGAUGCCAGGGAUGAUAGACAAGGUGAUCGAGGUCGCUGAAUCGGUCUACAGGGAAUUCUCGGAGCCCAAAUUUCACAUGGAGCACAUUUUACGUAAUGUCACUGUGAUGAACAGGAUCUUCGACUUCCGUGACUGUGCAUCUACGUUGGUGACGUUGACAGUAAAUCCUCGAACUUCGAGAACUGAUUUCUAUACCCAGGUAAGGAAGCAUUUGAGGAAGUACUUUAAAACCAACGGGAGCGGAAUUUUGCAUUUCUCCAAUUGCUGUUACGGUUUCUGGUAUUCGAGAGCCACGAAUGCGUACUACUAUUUAGACCCUUACCAAUGCAAUGAGAAAGGAAGGAAAGUUUCGAACGGUGGUAAAGCUUGCCUGUGCAUUUUUCCCACCGUUUGCUUGAUGGUGAGACACAUGUGCUUGAAUCAGUUCGAAGAAACCACAGGCUUCUUCAUCCAUCGCCUUCACGUGGACUCGGUGAACGUACCUCCGUUCAAAACGUUCAAGGAGGACCCCAUGUGGUUGUACCUGGAUUACCACUGGAACUUCAGACACGCUCCAGAUAUCGUGAAAUCGGGAGCCAAGAAGAAGAAGCAAGUCGAGGAACAGGAGACGAAGAGUGUCAAGCAAUUCUGGAACAACUACGCUGUCGAGGUGUCCAAUCUCAUCUACUCGGUCUGGGGUACCAUUGGCUCAUACGAUUGCAGAUUCGGUGAUCGAGCUGGAAAGAAUCAGCCAGCCAUUUGCGUAGCCGUGCUAGCCAUGCAGUACCUGAGUCAUCCAUCAAGAUGGGGUCCAGCCAUCCUAGACUCGGCUGUGAUUUGCGGAGACUCUUAUUACACGGAAAGUCUGAGAAGUUCCAUCCAGAAGUGCGUCAAACACUUCAACAGGUUCAAUCUUCAAACCAGCUUCACGAUAUUUCCCUAUUUAUGGACGAUCGAUUUUAAAGACAGUAUUUGCGGAGUUUUAUACGGUGCUCGAAACAGAAUGACUCUGGCGGCUGCGCUGAUGAAGUCUUUCGAAGAGUCACCAAACGUCGUCAUAGAGUGCAGCAAGGUGACCUUAGCAGCCUUGGCAGCCAAAGACGGAUACUACGUCGCUGACCCCUGUUGGGUCGGGCCACCCCUGUUCUACAAGGACCACGGGGCUAUCUACGUUCUACGUUGCAGAAACAUGAAUUCUCUGGUUUAUGCGGUGAUAAAGAUGCUGAACACCAAUCAGAGACUCGACUUCCGUUUGACUCCUGUCGCGUUCACGUUCGAACAAGAAGACUUCAAUUUCACGGAUGGAAAGAAACGGGAAGCGAAGAGAAAGGUGUUCCUCGAGCCACUUAGAACCGCUCCAGGCAAAGCCAGUGAUCCUGGUGCGCCUAUACCGGGUGCUCACACGACUCCGGACGAAGCUUCUUAUCUGAUGUAUCGCAAGAAUCUAGCUAUGGGCAUACGGAGAGGUCACGAGCUGGAGAAUCCAGAGAUACCUUCCGUAGAGCCGGUAUUGGAGGAAGAGAACAUGAUGAGUACGCUGAUCAGUACCACGUGGCACUUGAAUCUGGGCCAGGCUGCUCCCUUGGAGAAAACUGUACCCGUGUUCGAUCCUCGGCUGGUCGAACAUGUGCCGGAAGAGUGCGAGACACGGGUUGUCGGCUCGUUCGAGCCUACUAGUCACGAGCCAAUGUCUAUCACGGACUUACUGGCAGCCUGUGACGAUUAUCCACGAGUCGUCGAUUUCGCCGGAGAUGCUGUUCCACUGAAGAGACCGAUAGAGUGUUCCGCCCCGCGAAGCUUCCUCAGUGAUUCUGCGCGUCGAAAGUUCCGCACUCGUACGGCGGAUAUGGCACAAGAGGUCUAUAAAACGUACAAACACCGACUUCCAAGAAUGGUCAAGCAGGAGAUGAUUGCAAAUGACAGUAAAACUGCAGCUGAAGAGACGGAUAUUCAUCCUAUUACGGAGGAAGAGACAGAGGUGAAGCAGAACUCUCCUGACACAGGGGCAGAGACGGAAGAGGAUACAUUUACAGAAACGGAAGCUACUGAUGAAACUGCAGACGAAGAUUAA